AUGCAAAUUUUUGUGAGAGACGUUGAUAACAUAGUACAGUCGAUAUGUAUUCCGGAGACAAGUACAGUGGCUGAGCUCAAGGCAUUACUGCACUUAGACGGAGCGCUUUUGACGUACGGCACUACAAUUUUGGAUAAUGAUAAAGCAUCACUUACGGAUUUCGGGAUCUAUGAUAAAGCAAAUAUUGAUGUUUCAUUUCGACUUCUCGGAGGCAAAGUGCAUGGUUCGUUGGCUCGAGCAGGAAAAGUGCGAGCUCAAACCCCGAAAGUUGAAAAACAGGAAAAGAAAAAAAAGAAGACUGGCCGGGCAGCUCGUCGUAUUCAGUAUAACAGGCGGUUUGUGAAUAUAGCUGUUAGUGGAAUAGGACGAAAACGUGGGCCAAAUUCAAAUGCCGCAUGA